AAACAGUAGUAAUAUGUUAUUCUACUGGUGGUAAUCUUUAUCUCAGCAUUUAAACAUAAACACACUGUUUCUCUGCAUCCUGUAAAUUUACUUUUGCACUAACAAUAAAAAAAAAAAAACAAUUUCGAUUCAACAUUGUUGAGGAAAUAAAACAAACAAAAAUAAAAUAAAAUGGUACGCAACAACAUUUUUUGGCGGUUCACGGCGGGGUGAAAAGGUGGGUUUCAACGGCGUUAAAAAAAGGCUCUUCUUCUGCGUCGCGUCGUCCCCGUCUCAAAUUUGCUCAGGUAAGCUUUCUUAGACGAUUGAUAAAAUCAUUAUUAUCCCCAGUUCUAUUGUAGAAGCUUUACCCUCUGAUAAGUCUUGGAUCUACUCUCAUUUCGGAAACAUCGGCUCGGCUGUAUUAACAACCAUUUCCGAUUGUUGUCGUCGGAUUGUUCUUGGGGUUAAAGCUUGGAUGAUUGAGACACUUUGACUUUCUCUUACAAUGAGUACACGAAGAAAUGGUAUUUCUAGACAUCAGCGGGUUGAAAACUCCCGUGGCGAAGGAGGGCCGAACUGGAUCCUAAUUGCAGGGGGAGCCUUGUUGAGCACAUUGUCUAUACGCUUUGGGUACAAGUUAAAGCAGUCUGUUGACUCUAAACCUCAUCCGGAUGCUACUGGUGGAUUAAAACCCAAUGGAACAUCUGACAGAGGAAGAUGCUGCUUGCAUUCUGGCUCAUCUUCUUGUGAAAGGAACAAGGAUUGUUGCUUCCACACCACUCCAGGAACUGAGAAUGUGGAGAGAGACCAUGCCAUUAACGAGCAAAUGGUGGCUCCCAGUGAUUCGCUGCCCCUUGUGACAGUUCCUGCUCCAUCAUACAUCAAAGAGAAUGGAGUCGGGUGGGCUGAACACAUGAAAUCAUACAAUCAUCAGUCGACAUGCUCAGAUUCUCCCUGUGUAUCUGAAUCAGGGUCAGACAUAUUCAGCAAGCGUGAAGUAAUCCAGAAACUGAGGCAACAGCUAAAGAGACGAGAUGACAUGAUACUUGAAAUGCAGGAACAGAUUAUAGAGCUACAAAACUCGUUGAACGCGCAGAUGUCACACUCUAGCCAUCUCCAAGCUCAGCUAGACGCAACAAACAGGGAUCUGUAUGAGUCAGAAAGAGAAGUUCAGAGACUGAGAAAGGCAAUCGCUGAUCACUGCGUGGGACAGGCAGGUAGCAACGGCUGGAACGGGGAAGCAAACGGGUUUAUGGACAGCGAAAGCAACUACGAGUCGCCGCAAAAGGGAUCAAAGGAUGGAGAGAGAGUAGAGAUGUUGAGGAAGGAAGUGGGUGAGCUUAAAGAGGUGAUAGAUGGGAAAGAGUAUCUACUUAGAAGCUAUAAGGAACAGAAGAUUGAGCUUUCAGAGAAGGUGAGAGAGCUGCAGCAGAGAUUGGACUCGCAGGUCCCAAACAUUUUGUAGGUUGGAAAGUUUAGGUAUUGUGCAUUCUUUACAAUCUUUUCUUCUCUCGGAGAAGCAACAAAAUUUGAAUCAUUGCUCUCUCUCUCUCUGGGGAAACAACCUCUCUUCUGAAUACAAUUUGUUUUGGUGUAUAAGCUUCAGCUUUGAAUGCCUUGAUGUCUCAUUUCUGAUUGAUCCUUUUGUUUUUUUUUUAAA